AUUGGACUAGAGGACCGAACAACUCGAACCAAGCCCUAAGAACUGGAGGUGAGAAAACAAGACUAUCAGUUUUCUACGCUGAUAAUAACAAUGGUUUAUGUUGUUGUCAGAAGAUUGGAGGCGGCGAAUCUGGAACAGAGGUUGACCUUGAGUUAAUGACCGUCGAACUAGUUGCUGAUGCUCCGUGGUAUUUUGGAGAAAUAAGUAGAGAAAAAGCCAAUGAAAUUCUAAUAGACCAACCAGUUGGCACGUUUUUGAUACGCGACAGUACUACUAAGUCUGGCUACGUUCUUGCUAUAAAAGAGGCCAAUGAAGUCAAGCGGUAUCUCCUUACAUGGGCACCUCAGCUGAAAAAGUUUAAGUUUGGCGAUACUCUUUACUCUUCCUUAGAGGAGCUGGUCAGAUUACAUACAUCGCACUCUUCGAGCACUCGCAUGAGACAGCCUGCUCAGAAAGCAACUUAUGCAGCAUUAUACUCUUUCCAAGCACAGGAGGAAGGUGAUCUUUCUUUUCAGAGGGGCGAUAUAUUGACUUUUAUUCGACAGAAGCGUGACUGGAUACUUUGCAAGUCAAGUGAUAGUCAAAUUGGCUGGGUUCCUUCAAAUUACUUAACUCCAUUUAAUCCUGAAAUUGUGACCAGACUGAAAGGUCACUGUGACCAGCUUGGUUUAACAUACUGUCACCUGUUGAAAUCUAUCCAAUUACCGGCUACUGGAAAGGUUGUGAGAGCAAGAAAUCCUAGUAUAUUUGCAACCGGACAUCUAAAAGUGGAGUGUGAUGAUGAAGUUCAAAUAAGAAAGUUACUUCCUGAUGGAUUCUGUGAUGUAUGGCGAGAACGUGAUCAAGUUGGUGGUUUAGUACCAAUCAAUUUUCUGAAAAUUGAAUGCAGUUAAUAACUUUUUUUCAGAUUAUGGAACGAGAAAGAAGAGAUUUGUCCACCACUAUUUAGUAUUUAUAACAGUACGCUAACCACUUGCAUUUUAAUUUACUUUCUAUAUGAUUUAAUGAUCAGUUUGUACUCUGCUUUCAUAAAAUUCAUCAUGAUCUAUAAAAUUCACUUUUCUCUUAAAUGUUUUGUUGUUCUUGCUUUUCUUGUGUUUUCCAACACAGAAUAGAAUGCUUGAAAUUGUAGUCUGGUUAUUUAUUAUCAGUAUUACUAUUGACAACACAACCUGAAGCCUUAUGCACAAUGAGAGAUGCACUGCGCAAAAUAUUGUAACGAUAUGAAAUAAAAGAGGGGGAGGAGAGAGAUAGAAAUAAAGUCACAGAAUGGUCACAGUGGUAAUAUCAUGUAACACUUCUAAAUGGUGUUUUUUUUCUGUCAUUUUACUUUUCACUAAUUGGAAGAAAGCUGCAAAGUGAUCUCUUUGACUUUAUCCAGACAGUCAUAUUACACAAACAGAUGUUAGUUCAACAAAAUGUUCGAUGAUUUGAAAAUAUUCAUUAUUGUUGUAUUUGUGUUUCGGUACUAUUAUUAAACAGAACGAGGUUGUAUAUUAAUGGUGGGCAAUGGAAUCCAGGAUCCCCAUUGCGUCUCACUUAAGACUCGCCAGCUGGAUGUACCUGCCUCCUAGUGAGUGAUGUUGUUCCCACUGGGACUCGAACUCGGGACCGACCGCUUCUAACACCAGGGCGUUACCCACUGAGCCACCUAGUCAAGAUGGCCACUUCUUGUGCGGUGGGUAUAGUUUUUAUAUUGUUAUGGAUAGGAGCUACUAUCUAUCAAUAACAUAUAGUUGAAACAGGCAGUAUCGAGACAUCCGUGCCAGGAGCCCAUAUGCCACUAGCGGCCGAUGAAUUUGGUCGAAUCAACGAUGGGAUAAUUCAAGUAGGAACAUAACAAGGAAGUCUUUUUACAUUCAUUGAAAACUGCAAAAACAAUGUUUGUCCCUAGGGUUGGUCACCCCUCUGUUUGUUCUAACCACUUCUAUAGUUAGUUGGAUAACACGGUGUAACCAGAUAGGUGGAUAUCGAAGAAGUCUACAGUAGGUUAAAAUGGUGUGUAAAAAAGACAUACAGACUAAAUAGUGUGAGGAUUUAAAGGGAAGACGAGACUUC